AUGAGCAACCACGCCGUCCCUGCGCACUCUGUGCUCAGCGAUAACGACGUCGAAAUCGUCCGCACAAACUUGGAAUUGGAAAAAGAGAGAAUCCCAAAAACUGCCCUGCAAAAAUUGUUGCAUUCACUGGAGGUUCCACACGAUGAGAAGCCGCUGUCCGCGUUGAGAAACCCCGAUUUAGAGCCUAUUAUGCCCCGUGAACGUGUGUGGGGCUUCUGGUCGUUCUUCGCCUACUGGGGGCUACCCAACUUUGCCGUAGCCACUUUUUCGACAGGAUCCGCGCUUCUGGCAUUAGACCUCAACAUCCAGCAAUCGAUCGGUGCCUUGACCAUUGCCAACGUCCUUAUCGCCGUUUUUACCAUUUCAAAUUCCAAUCCGGGUGUCAAGUACCACGUCGGUUACACGCUGAGCCAACGAAUGAUCUUUGGGAUUUACGGGUCCUAUCUGGGAAUCAUCAUCCGUGUGGGAAUAUCUGUUGUACUCUACGGGUACCAAGCUUGGCUGGGCGGGCUGUGCUUCAACAUGGUUUUCGACUCGUUCUCCCGCAAUUACCUGAAUAUGGCUAACACGUUUCCGGCUAGCGUUCCAAUGGCUAAAAAGGACCUUAUUGGGUUUCUCUGCUUUCAGCUGGUCCAAAUGCCGUUUGCAUUCGUUAGGCCUAGUCGUGCGAACGUGCCGUCUAUCGUCACCUGUAUGAUGACCAUGUUUUCGAUUAUCGGUAUGCUGGCGUAUCUGGUAAAGGCCAACGAUGGGCCAGGUCCGUUAUACUAUAAAGACGUGACUCUCUCUGUGAGCCAGCGAUCAUGUGCUUGGAUCUACGCAAUGACAAUCUGGUACAGUGGGAUCUCACCUGCUGUCGCCAAUCAAUCCGAUUACUCCCGUUUCAGUUCCCACACGUUGCGCUGUUACGUGGGUCUGUUCAUCGGGAUCGUUGCACCAGGCACUUUCGUUUCGCUCGCAGGGAUGCUGUGUGCCUCAGCGUGCAAAGGUCUGUAUGGUACAGCUUUUUGGACUCCCAAUGAAAUUGUGGAACAAUGGCUCAAUAACGACUACUCUUCCAAAGCACGGGCUGCAGCUUUCUUUAUCGGAAUAAGCUUUACGGGAUCGCAAGUAUUUUUGAAUCUCACACAGAACGGCUAUGCCUGCGGCAUGGAUCUUGCAGGAAUUUUCCCACGUUACAUUAACGUAACUCGAGGUACGCUAUUUGUUCAGCUCAUCUCGUGGGUUGUACAGCCAUGGACAUUUUUCAACACUUCUUCGGCGUUCCUAAACGCCAUGAGUUCUUUCGGUAUAUUCGUGACGCCUGUCGUGGCGCUUAAUAUCAUCGAGUUUUACUGGAUUCCCAAAUCCAAAAUCACACUAAUCGAUUUUUUCACGCUUUCUCCCCGUGGUGCGUACUGGUACGACUACGGGUAUAACUGGAAAUCGCUACUGGCGCUUAUCGUUGGCAUUGUGCUCGGACUGCCUGGUCUCGUCUACGAAACGCACCCUGAUAUCAAGGAGAACACGGGAAUGAUGAACUUUUAUUAUGGUUACAUGUUCUUCAUUCCCGUGGUAACGGGCGUGCUGUAUAUUGGUCUCACGUUAGCGUUCCCCAGCCAUCACGAAAAACUCGGCCAGGACGAUCCCGUGGACUUUUUUAACUGCUUUUCCGACAGAGAGGUUGCUAACAUGGGGAUGCUGUCCUACCAUAACGCCGAUAUGUACGAGGUGUUGGAUGCAGAAGAGUCCCAGGAUGGUGUCGAUAAAGUUGUUCUAGAGGGAAUAGAGAACGGCGGCAAGCAGGGAAUGUAG